CCGAAGGUUCGGGGCUGUCAUGACAACGAACGCGACGUCACAACGUCGGGCAUCGCGCGCGUUCCCGCGGACGGGCUGUUGGGCUCGGGUGUCACCGGCACGGAAAGAUGUGUGAAGGCCCCUCCAACAUUUCCGGCCCUAUUCCACCAGAUCCAACGCUAUUCCCGGACUUUUACCAUCGGCCAGUAUCAGCUCGGGGAAGGUUAGAAGGAAACAGCCUGAAACUUGACUUUCUCUCAGGGCCGUUACCUCCGGAUCCCACUUUGUACCCGUCGUGCUACAGUGCCAGGCCUCAGCCAGCUCCUCGUGUGCGUCCAAAUGCUAGAGAGAUCCUGGAGAGAGGACAAAAGGGUUCUGUUGGUGUGCUGCUGCAAUUGGAGGGAGUGUCACUACACAGACAGUUCUCACCAAGAAAGAAGGAACCAAGGGAUCAUGAGAAGGAGAACGUGAGACGAAUGCGUGAGAUCCAGAAGAAAUGCAGGGAGAAGGACCAACAGCGUGAGCAAAAUGGCCCCAAACCGGUCAAAGCCCUGUGGAAGUCCCAGAAGUAUGAAUCUGUUCCUUCCAAAGUGAUGGCCCGCUUACAGGAGAACUCAUCGGUGAAGCCUUUGGAUAAACAGCACUACCUUAAAGCACAUUCACGAUGUGGGACUGGGAUUAGCCCAAAAAGAUCCCCGUCGCCAAACCCAACAAAAGCGGAGAUCUGUGCCGAAGCAUUAGAGAAGGCUAACCUCGAUACUCAGGUCAAAGGUGUAAAUAUAGAUUUCAUUAGGCACAAUGCACAGAAUGCAAGAAGAAUGCCAGUGCGACGCUCCAAGUCCCUACAGUCCCUUGCAGAUGUUCUGGACAGGAAAGCAAAGGAACAACAGGAGUACAUAAGCAAGAAUAAAGGACAGCUACCCCAGUACUUAAUUGAACGGCGGAACCAGUGGAGGAAAGAGGAGGAGGAACGACAGAAAAACAUCCCUGAUCCAAGCAUGCCUCCGGGUCACACUAGGAUGCCAGAGGAUGAAAGGCUGGAAACACUCAGCUCCCUUCAUCAAACUCAAAAGCAGCUGACCAAACAACUGCUGAUGUUUCCCGUACAAGUGGAUACCAUUGGCAUGCAGAAUCGACGCACGGACCUUGAGAAGAAGCUGGCAGAGAUUGAAGAGGCAAUCAAAAUCUUCUCACGACCCAAAGUUUUCAUCAAAAUCAAUGACUGAGCAGCUCUAUGAGAGAUACAGCACGUUGACAGAGAUCCUGCCCAAAGAGCCUGCAUAGCCCAAUUACACCCAAUUAACCUACUAACCCAUAUUCCUUUGGAAUGUGGGAGGAAACUAGAGCACCUGGAGGAAAUCCACACGAUGACAGGGAGAAUGGUAAAAACUCCAUAUUGUACAGACAGCGACGAAAUUGAACCUGGGUCACUGGCGCAAUAGCAUUAUGUUAACCACUACACUACCAUACUGCUCCUAACUGUUUGUGACAUUAAGCCCAGAAGAUGGAUUGUUUGACAUCUUUUUGGCCCUAAAUGAAGAAGAGGGAAUCAAACAUGGUUCUGGUCCUAAUGGCCUUAUAAUAACUAUUAUUAUAAGUGUGAAUUGUCUAUACCCUAAUUGUUCUGAUUCAUGUUUUCGUAUGUCGCCAAGGUCUCACCACUUACUAUUACAACUUUUUCCAGCUAUAUAACUCUCAAAGAAAGAUAUCCCCCUUUUUAAUUAAUAUCCCCCUGAUGGGAGUUAUCUACAGGCCCCCAAACAGUAGCCUGGAUAUAGAGUGCAAGUUAAAUCAAGAGUUAAAAUUGGCAAGUAGCAAAGGUAAUUCUACGGUUGUUACAGGGGAUUUUAACAUGCAGGUAGACUGGGAAAAUCAGGUUGGUACUGGACCCCAAGAAAGGGAGUUUGUGGAAUGUCUCAGAGAUGGAUUCUUAAAGCAGCUUGUAUUAGAGCCUACCAGGGAGAAGGCAAUUCUGGAUUUAGUGUUGUGUAAUGACCAGAUUUGAUAAGGGAGCUCGAGGUAAAGGAGCCAUUAGGAGGUAGUGACCAUAAUAUGAUAAAUUUUAAUCUACAAUUUGAGAGGGAGAAGGGAAGAUCGGAAGUGUCAGUAUUACAGUUGAACAAAGGGGUCUAUGGACACAUGAGGGAGGAGCUGGCAAAAGUUGACUGGAAAAUACCCUAGCAGGGAUGACAGUGGAACAACAAUGGCAGGUAUUUCUGGGAAUAAUACGGAAGGUGCAGGAUCAAUUCAUUCCAAAGAGGAAGAAAGAUUCUAAGGGGAGUAAGGGGCGACCGUGGAUGACAAGGGAAGUCAAGGACAGUAUAAAAAUAAAAGAGAGGAAGUAUAACAUAGCAAAGAUGAGUGGGAAGCCAGAGGAUUGGGAGACUUUUAAGGAACAAUAGAAGAUAACUAAAAAGGCAAUAUGGGGGGGGGAAAGAUGAGGUAUGAAGGUAAUCUAGCCCAAAAUAUAAAGGAGGAUAGUAAAAGCUUCUUUAGGUAUGUGAAGAGGAAAAAAUUAGUUAAGACCAAAGUUGGGCCCUUGAAGACAGAAACGGGUGAAAUUAUUAUGGGGAACAAGGAAAUGGCAGACGAACUGAACAGGUACGUUGGAUCUGUCUUCACUAGGGAAGACACAAACAAUCUCCCAGAUGUAAUAGUGGCCAGAAGACCUAGGGUAACAGAAGAACUGAAGGAAAUUCGCAUCAGGCAGAAAAUGGUGUUGGGUAAAAUGAUGGGACUGAAGACUAAUAAAUCCCCAGGGCCUGAUGGUCUACAUCCCAGGGUACUUAAGGAGGUGGCUCUAGAAAUCGUGGAUGCAUUGGUAGUCAUUUUCCAAUGUUGUAUAGAUUCAGGAUCAGUUCCUGCCGAUUGGAGGAUAGCUAAUGUUAUCCCACUUUUUAAGAAAGGAGGGAGAGAGAAAACGGGCAAUUAUAGACCAGUUAGUCUGACAUCAGUGGUGGGGAAGAUGCUGGAAUCAAUUAUAAAAGAUGUAAUAGCGGCAUAUUUGGAUAGCAGUGGCAGGAUAGGUCCGAGUCAGCAUGGACUUACGAAGGGGAAGUCAUGCUUGACUAAUCUUCUGGAAUUUUUUGAGAAUGUGACUAUGAAAAUGGACAUGGGAAAGCCAGUGGAUGUAGUGUACCUGGACUUUCAAAAAGCCUUUGAUAAGGUCCCACAUAGGAGGUUAGUGUGAAAAAUUAGAGCAAAUGGUAUUGCGGGUAGGGUACUGACAUGGAUAGAAAAUUGGUUGGCAGACAGGAAACAAAGAGUAGGGAUUAAUGGGUCCUUUUCAGAAUGGCAGGCAGUGACUAAUGGGGUACCGCAAGGCUCGGUGCUGGGACCGCAGCUAUUUACAAUAUAUAUUAAUGAUUUAGAUGAAGGGAUUAAAAGUAACAUUAGCAAAUUUGCAGAUGACAUAAAGUUGGGUGGCAGUGUGAAAUGUGAGGAGAAUGUUAUGAAAAUGCAGGGUAACUUGGACAGAUUGGGUGAGUGGGCAGAUGCAUGGCAGAUGAAGUUUAAUGUAGAUAAAUGUGAGGUUAUCCACUUUGGUGACAAGAACAGGAAGGCAGAUUACGCUCUGGAUGGUGUCAAGUUAGGAAAAGGGGAAGUACAACGAUAUCUAGGUGUCCUUGUUCAUCAGUCACUAAGCAUGUAGUGAAGAAAGCUAAUGGCAUGCUGGCCUUCAUAACAAGGGGAAUCGAGUAUAGGAGCAAAGAGGUCCUUCUGCAGUUGUACAGGUCCCUGGUGAGACCACACCUGGAAUAUUGUGUACAGUUUUGGUCUCCAAAUUUGAGGAAGGACAUUCCAGCUAUUGAAGGAGUGCAGCGUAGGUUCACAAAGUUAAUUCCCGGGAUGGCAGGACUGUCAUAUGUUGAAAGAUUGGAGCGACUGGGGUUGUAUACACUGGAAUUUAGAAGGAUGAGAGGGGAUCUGAUUGAAACAUAUAAGAUUAUUAAUGGAUUGGACACGCUAGAGGCAGGAAACAUGUUCCCGAUGCUGGGGGAGUCCAGAACCAGAGGCCACAAUUUAAGAAUAAGGGGUAGACAAUUUAGAAUGGAGUUGAGGAAAAACUUUUUCACACAGAGGGUUGUGGUUCUGUGGAAUGCUCUGCCUCAGAAGGCAGUGGAGGCCAAUUCUCUGGAUUCUUUCAAAAAAGAGUUAGAUAGAGCUCUUAAAGAUGGCGGAGUGAAGGGAUACGGGGAGAAGGCAGGAAAAGGGUUCUGAUUGUGGAUGAUCAGCCAUGAUCACAGUGAAUGGUGGUGCUGGCUCGAAGGGCUGAAUGGCCUACUCCUGCACCUAUUGUCUAUUAUCUAUUGUCUAAUUGUUGCGCCUUCGGUGGUUGUGGCUCAUUCCAAAGUUCUGGAACUCCUAACAUAGGCCUUGUUAACUCCAUUGUUCCUUAAAGCCCAUUUAAUAAGUGUGCUUUAAUUUUUCUUUCCGUAAAUUGAGUCAAAUGUUGAAAUAUAACACACUUGUAACUCUCACAAAAUGCUGGAGAAACUCAGCAGGUCAAACAGCACCUAUGGAGGGGAAUAAAGAAUCAAUGUUUCAACUGAGACCCUUUAUCAGGAUGAGGAUCUCAGCUUGCAACACCAACUGUUUAUUCCUUUUCAUAGAUGCUGCUUGACCUGCUGAGUUCCUCCAGCUUUGUGUGUGUGUAACUUUGGAUUUCCAGCACCUACAGAAUCUCUUGUGUUUAUAACACACUCUGACGUACUUUGAUAUUUUGAAAGAUAUUUUGUUCUGUUAAAGAAGCUGUUAAAGUACAAGUCAGUAAUGAAGUGGAAUGAAUAUAGAAAGAUUAAAUUGAGCUUGUUCUUGGGCUUGACUAAAGUGAAUCCCUUUGGAAGCUGGCUCACUUGCACCUACUAUGAAUACCCAAGUGUGAUACUGAUUCUGUUAAAGUUUAGGAGAGAUGACAGUGAAGGUGAGAAUGUUAUCUGAAAUUUAUCUUUAGAAAGCUUGUGAUUUUGUUCAUCUCUGAACUAGAAUUAGAGAGAUGUUAUGGAAGAUGAAAAUGGAACCCGUUUUAUGGUCUAAUUACUUGACUCCUCUGAACUGUUUGUUGGUUGUGGUCCCUCUACAUUACAGGCUUUGAGCCGAGAUGUUGCUGGACGCCAGAAACCUACAUGAAGGCAAGGCACACUGUGAUUCCUGACUCUGAUGAUAAUCUGUCCCACAGAUCUGUAAAUAAAUUAUCAGAAUAUUUUUAAAAAAGAAUUACAUGUUAAUUUUGUAUUAUCAAUGUUAUU